AUGGAACCACAGUGGAACCCGACUUCCUACUUGCAGUCUCCCUCUGUCGUCUUCCUACUCGUGGCGACUUCCUGCACCUGGCUCCUUCCUGUCACCUCCCCUCAGCGGAUCCCAACAGACCCCCAGGCGGCUCCUGAGUACGCCCACUCCAUCCGACUGGACGGGGACAUCAUCCUCGGCGGAUUAUUUCCUGUGCACUCGCGGGGGGACCGCGGCACGCCCUGCGGGGAGCUGAAAAAGGAGAAGGGCAUCCACCGUUUGGAGGCCAUGAUGUUUGCCAUCGACCUGAUCAACAAGGACCCCGAGCUGCUGCCCAACAUCACGCUGGGGGCCCGGAUCUUGGAUACCUGCUCCAGGGACACGUACGCUCUGGAGCAGUCCCUGACUUUUGUGCAGGCCUUGAUAGAGAGGGACGGCUCCGACGUCCGCUGCGCUAACGGAGACCCUCCGAUCUUCACCAAGCCGGAUAAAAUCGUAGGGGUGAUCGGCGCUGCCGCCAGCUCGGUCUCCAUUAUGGUGGCCAACAUCUUGCGCCUGUUUAAGAUCCCCCAGAUCAGCUACGCCUCCACGGCGCCAGAGCUGAGCGACAACACCCGCUACGACUUCUUCUCCCGCGUGGUACCACCAGACUCCUACCAGGCCCAGGCCAUGAUGGACAUCGUCACGGCGAUGGAGUGGAACUACGUGUCCACGCUGGCCUCCGAGGGCAACUACGGAGAGAGCGGCGUGGAGGCUUUCAUCCAGAUCUCCAGAGAAACUGGUGGUGUGUGUAUUGCCCAGUCCUUGAAGAUCCCCAGGGAGCCGAGGCCAGGAGAGUUUGACAAGAUCAUCAGACGCCUGCUAGAGACCUCCAAUGCCAGGGCCAUCAUCAUGUUCGCUAAUGAGGACGACAUACGACGAGUUCUGGAUGCUGCGAAGAGGAACAACCAGACGGGCCACUUCCUGUGGGUGGGUUCGGACAGCUGGGGUUCCAAAAUCUCUCCUGUGAUUGGCCAGGAGAGAGUGGCCGAGGGAGCCAUCACCAUUCUUCCCAAACGGGCGUCUGUGGAUGCAUUUGAUCGGUAUUUCCGCAGCCGCUCGCUGUCCAACAACAGAAGAAAUGUGUGGUUCGCUGAGUUCUGGGAGGAAAACUUCAACUGUAAGCUGGGGAUGCACGGUAAACGGCCCGGUAGCCUGAAGAAAUGCACAGGAUUAGAAAAGGUCGGUCGUGAUUCCAGUUACGAACAAGAGGGGAAGGUUCAGUUUGUGAUGGACGCGGUGUACGCCAUGGCCCACGCCCUGCACCGCAUGCACCGGGAGCUCUGCUACGGAUACCCGGGCCUCUGCCCGCGCAUGGCCAGCAUCGACGGCAAAGAGCUGCUCAGCCACAUUCGCGCCGUCAGCUUUAAUGGAAGUGCCGGUACACCAGUGGUUUUCAACGAGAAUGGAGACGCUCCGGGAAGAUACGAUAUCUUCCAGUACCAGAUCAACAGGUCUACUGCCGAGUACAGAGUCAUCGGCUCCUGGACCAAUAAACUACACCUCAAAGUUGAGGCAAUGCGAUGGAAGACAGGUGACCCGUCUCUCCCACCCUCUGUAUGCAGCAUCCCGUGCCGUGCAGGCGAAAGAAAGAAAGUGGUCAAAGGUGUGCCAUGUUGCUGGCACUGUGAGCGCUGCGAGGGAUACCAUUAUCAGGCGUCAGAGUUCACCUGUGAGCUGUGUCCAUACGAGAUGCGACCCGACGCCAACCGCACCGGCUGCGUCCCCAUCCCGAUCAUCAAGCUGGAGUGGCACUCCCCUUGGGCCGUGGUCCCAGUCUUCAUCUCAAUGCUGGGCAUCAUCGCCACCUCUUUCGUCAUCGUCACCUUCGUCCGGUACAACGACACGCCCAUCGUGCGGGCGUCAGGGCGGGAGAUGAGCUACGUGCUGCUGACGGGAAUCUUCCUGUGCUACGCCAUCACGUUCCUGAUGAUUGCGACGCCAGACGUGGGGGUGUGCUCGUUCAGGAGGAUUUUCUUGGGCUUGGGGAUGUGUUUCAGCUAUGCCGCGCUGCUCACCAAGACCAACAGGAUACACCGCAUCUUUGAACAAGGGAAGAAGUCUGUAACAGCGCCCAGGUUCAUCUCCCCUGCCUCCCAGCUCGUCAUCACCUUCUCGCUCAUCUCCGUUCAGCUGCUGGGGGUCUUCGUCUGGUUCGCGGUGGACCCCCCCCACACGGUCGUGGACUACGGCGAGCAGCGGACCCAGGACCCCAUCGCGGCGCGCGGCGUCCUCAAGUGCGACAUCUCGGACCUGUCCCUCAUCUGCUCCCUGGGUUACUCCAUCCUGCUGAUGGUGACGUGCACGGUUUACGCCAUCAAGACGCGAGGCGUGCCCGAAACCUUCAAUGAGGCCAAGCCCAUCGGAUUUACCAUGUACACCACCUGCAUCAUCUGGCUGGCAUUCAUACCCAUCUUCUUUGGCACGUCACAGUCCGCAGAGAGGAUGUAUAUCCAAACUACCACCCUGACCAUCUCUCUCAGCCUGUCUGCCUCCGUGUCUCUGGGGAUGCUCUACAUGCCCAAGGUCUACAUCAUCCUCUUCCACCCUGAGCAGAACGUACCCAAACGAAAACGCAGCUUCAAGGCAAUCGUGACAGCUGCCACCAUGUCGGGGAAGCUGACCCAGAAGGGAGGAGACCGGCCCAACGGAGAGGUGAAGACCGAACUGUGUGAGAGCAUGGAGACCAACAGUGACUUCAUCAACUAAGACGACGUAUGUCAGCUACAGCAAUCAUGCCAUUUGAAGGGACCACAGAAGAAGAAAG